AUGUCUUCUCUUAUACUCCAACAUGGAAGAAGGUCUCUUAAGUUACACAAUUUGAGAGUCUCAGUGCAAAAUGUUCCAUACCUUUUUUUUUCUAAGUCCUUCUCUUCUACUAGUUCUAAAAAUGGUCGAAAAGGUCAGAUUUUUACAGUCUCUUAUCUCAUUGAUUCACUGGGUUUAACCGCAAACCUGGCUGAAUCGAUCUCAAUGAAAGUUAGCUUCGAGGAGAGGAGAAAUCCUGAUUCUGUUCUGAAUCUUUUUAGAAGUCAUGGCUUCACAGAUCCUCAGAUCUCUAGCAUCAUUAGGGAUUAUCCAAGAUUGCUUAUACUAGAUGCUGAGAAAUCACUAGCUCCCAAGCUUCAGGUUCUACAGUCCAGAGGAGCUUCAAGCUCUGAGCUCACCGAGACUGUUUCAAAAGUUCCUAAAAUCUUGGCUAUGAAAGGAGACAAAACUAUAAGCAGAUACUAUGAUUUUGUCAAAGAGAUUAUAGAAGCGGGUAAGAGUACCAAGUUUGAAAAGUUAUGUCAAUCUAUGCCACAAGGUAUGCAAGAGAAUAAAAUCAGAAAUUUAUUGGUUUUGAGAAAACUUGGCGUGCCUCAGAGGUUAUUGUUCCCUUUGCUCGUCUCUGAUCGUAAACUUGUAUGUGGAAGAGGAAAAUUUGAAGAAUCUCUCAAGAAGGUUGUUGAGAUGGGGUUUGAUCUCACCACUGCAGAGUUUGUGGAAGCUCUACGUGCUGUUCAAGGAAUCAGCGGCAAAGCUAUAGAAGAAAAGGUCAAUAUCUAUAAAAAGUUAGGAUUUGAUGUGGGAGAUGUAAGGGAAAUGUUCAAGAUGUAUCCAACCUCUAUGAGAUUAUCGGAGAAGAAGAUAACUCAGAAGUUUGAAACCCUGAAGAAGUGUGGACUACUCGAAGAUGAGAUCCUCUCAGUGUUUCCGCAUUGCAUCGGUGCUUCAGACCAGAAGAUAGCCAACUCCAUUGAAACAUUUAAAGGCCUAGGAUUCAGCAAAGAUGAGUUUUCCAUGAUAUUCAAGCACUUCCCUCAGUGUCUCAAUAUACCUGCAGAGACAGUGAAGAAGAAGACUAAGUUUUUAGUGAAGAAGAAGAAUAAGUUUAUGGUGAAGAAGAUGAAAUGGCCAUUAAAGGCAGUGGCUUUGUAUCCACAAGUACUUGGAUUAAGCUUGGAGAAGAGGAUUGUACCAAGGUGUAACGUUAUGAAAACACUCAUGUCAAAAGGAUUGCUAGGAAACAGAGAAAGCAAAAUUCCUUUAAAGGAAGCUGUCUUGUUAUGCACGGAUGAGGAGUUCUUAAGAAUGUACGUGAGGAACCAUGAUGACAAGAAGCUUGUGGCUGAACUAAUGGCUAUCUUCAACGGAUAUCGUGUUUUAUAG